AUGUCGGAAACAACAGAUGAUUCGCAGCAGCCAGUGGUUCUUCAGGCUUCAUUAGCAUCUGAUCAGUUGGAUAACAUGGAAUGGAACCUGGAGACACUGCAAAAGGAUCGGCUGAGGAGUGCGACUCUCUCCAAGUUACUGCACGCUGUACAGCAGAUCACAAGAGCCAUAAACCACAGGAAUCGCCUUGUCUUGGAUUAUAAUUGGGAAUUUCUUCAUAAUGACCAGAACCUCAGCAAAACUGAAUUCCAGGCCGAGAUACCGGUCUUCCUGGAGCACCUCUCUGACUACUGGCGGGACUCGGCGCAGCUGCUCUCACUGGGUGUCAAACAUUUCUCUCAGCUGCUCGUCCCCCUCGCUUUCGAGCAAAUGGGUAUCCACUCAAAUGAUCUGCAACGCCAUGAAUGGAUUAACAGCAUGAAACAUCUGAGAGACAUGCUGCACACGAAAUUAAGCGGCUGGGUUCAUGAUGUGCAAUCCGUCAGCGAGCAGAUGGCGCACUACAAAGUGGAAGAACACAAGAACAGGCCUGGGACUUAUAUACUUAGACGACCUCUGUUGAAUCAUGACCUACUGUCCUACCACGAGCGGUUCCUCUCCUUCAGGGACGACUUUACUGCGCUGUGCGUCGCUCGACAUCGACGGGCGUCACAAAUGUUUGGUCUCGCCGACGCACUGUAUUCCUUCUAUUAUUACAACUGGUUCUUCGACCUACAGUUUGUAGGUGACAUCGAGAGUUUAGAUGAGGAGUGGCAGAGGGAGGACAGAAGCAACGCCAUGGUCUCCGUGGACACUGACUGCGUGCAGCUGUUGGCGAACGCCCUCGACCACCCCACGUGUCCGCUGGAAGACCUGCCACCGGAAACCAAAAACCUGCGCGAGCGGUGCCGCGUGCAGCUGUGGGACGACGUGGUGCAGAGGUCGCCCCACGUACCCGUCACCAGCUACCUGGCCUACACGCAGAGGAUAAACGUCAACCUCUGCCUGCUGGCCUGGAUGACAGCCAACUCGUUCAGCGUUUGUCAGGACGUCCCGUUUAGUAUGCUACAAUCCGUACAUGAUGCUCGCUGCUAUUUCGACAGCCCUGACGAUCAGUCCUGCCUGCAGUCGAACGCUACAGACGCCAUCUGCUCUGUUUCCAGAGCAGUCCUGUUGCUGAUGUGUGGCGACUUUUCUUUCCACAAGUCUUUCGAUUUAUGCGGCGUCAGUUUCUACACAAACGGAUCGCACUUCACGACGUACAAUUUAACAUGGGAAAGAGAGUUCUACAAAGGUACUGUGCCAAGAAAAAUUAGUAUCAGUGUCAAACCAGAGGAGCAGGAAGAUGGAGAUAACUCAACUGUGUGGUAG